AUGGCCUCUCGAGACCGCCCGAGCUGUCGGCUUUUGCCUUCCGCAUGCCGCUUGAGAGUCGGUGAAUAUACCACCAAGAAACGAGGUGUCACAGAUGGCCGAUACAGUAUGAAUUGGUCGUAUGGCUACAAAUGGAUGGUCACUGGUGCCGUCAGUCUUACCAGCUUCAUAGGGACCGGGGCUUCAGCGAUCGACUCGGAGAUUGUACCGCAACUCAUGGAAAGUUUUGGCGUAGGCGAAGAAGUCGCUCUCCUCGGUACAGCGCUGUUCAUGAUUGCUUUAGGUCUCGGGAGCUUGAUUAGUGCGCCGUUUUCUGAGAUCUUGGGAAGGAAUCCAGUGUAUAUUGUCAGUCUUAUCAUUUUUGGUCUUUUCACCAUGGGAGCUGCGCUUGCACCGGGAAUCGGAUCGUGGCUUGCAUGCCGCUUUUCUGCUGGUCUGUUCAGCUGGCCUCCUCUUACUAACUUUGGUGGCACAAUAGCAGACGUCUGGUCGCCGAUCGAGCGGACCUAUGUGUUUCCUGUGCUUCUUUGCUUGUGCUUUCUGGGACCUUUCCUAGCACCAAUGGUCGCUGCAUUCAUAGGCGGUAGUUCAGUGGUCAACUGGCAAUGGACAGAAUGGCUCACACUCAUCUUGACUGGUGCGCUGGUGGUGACAUUCCUCCUGUUCGUUCCAGAGACAUUUCCCCCAGUGCUACUCAGUUGGAAAGCUACAUCAUUGCGCAAGGUGACUGGUAAUCAAUUAUACCUCGCGGAGCAUGAGGUGGACGCCAUUCCACUCUAUCGGAGACUUCAACGCAGCAUCAAGUUGCCAUUGAAGCUUUUACUUACUGAGCCGAUCAUCCAACUGUUCUCGUUGUACAUGACCGUGAUCUAUACAGUCCUCUUUGGCUUCCUGCCCGGGUAUGGUUUCAUAUUCGGUGCCCAAGGGAUCUAUGGGCUUGAUCAAGCACACACCGGCCUUUGCUUCAUUGGUAUCAAUGUUGGCUUUCUUCUAUCGGUUUUCUGGCCGGUCUAUGUUCGCUUCAAACGUAAGCUGUUUGAGGCUCGCAAGGAAGGAAAGCACAAAGUCGUGCCAGAAGAAAGACUUACCCACGCAAUUAUUGGGGCGCCUAUUCUGCCGAUUAGCAUCUUCUGGAUGGGUUGGUCAAGUUGGCCCAGUGUCAGUCUCUGGUCGCCACUUGCAGCCAGUGUAGCCUUCGGCUUCGCGGUCAUGCAACUCUAUAUCUCAUGCUAUCAGUACAUCAUAGAUAGCUACGAGAUUUACGCGGCGAGCGCUCUGGUGGGCAUGACAUUAACACGAUACUGCGUGGCCGGUCCUAUGGUAACAGUUUCGGUACCCAUGUAUGAGAACCUAGGUGUGCACUGGACUCUCACCUUGUUGGGAUGCAUCGCAACCCUGUUGGCACCGGUGCCAUACGUCUUUAAGUACUACGGUGCCAUAGCGAGGAAGAGGAGCAAGGGGGCAACGAGCUUCGAGUAA